AUGAGCGAGACCAUCGAUCCUCUCGACGUCUCUCUGAGGGACUUCGAGCAUCCUCUCAGCCCGCAGUACUCGCGCCACUCGAUGGCCCCCAGCGAGCCGACAACAACAGACGGCGAAGACGAGGAGUACGACCGGGAGAGCAGUCAUCACCCAAACUCGGAGAUCGGUUCCGUAGGUGGCUACUCACCACCGGCGUGGCGGAGACUCGGAAACGGAAGUCGCAGCAGCGGCUUCUGGAGACCGCCGCCCGUUAAUACAUUUGCGCCUUUGCCAUUCCUCCGGGAGACAUCGCCGGAUCUCGAUGAGGAGUUGGACGAUCACAGCGAUGAUGAUGAUUCGGUAUUAAUGAAGGCGAUUAGGACCCAAUUACCGCGGGGUAGCAUGAGCCCAGAGAAGGGCAGGAGUGUCAGUCCCGAGAGGACAGAAGAUAUUACGUUGAGAGUCAAUCAAAUCGUUCCACGCGCCAAGUCGGUUCCUCAUGAAGCACCGUCGGAAAACUAUAUUCGCUUCGCCGUUCGAGCAGAAGUGCAACAUCGCACUGAACCUAUCGAGUCAGCUAUUUCCUUUGUUCGAAAGAAGUAUACCGCACUUACUGCUACCUGGAGCUCGACGAUUUUCUCCAUCAUCGCUAUCAUGUUUAGCAUCUCCGCUUUCAAAUCUCUGGUGCAACCAGCUGCUCCCCGCCCUGCUGGUGACUUGGUUAAGGUUGCUGGCGUUGCGCGAUCGUUUGAACCCCUCAUAUACUACUCCGAGCAUGCUGUAACGCAAAUCCACGACCUUCAGGCCACUAGCAUUGCCGUGUGGGACCUUGGCGAAAGUGUACGGUCAAGUGACAUGAAGGAUGCUGCCAGCAUCGUGGCCGACCUUGAUGCACUAAGUGGCACAAUGAAGAUUCUGGCAGAAGAGAUGACACGCUUUUUUGCCAGAGUUGAUGGCGACAUCGAUGCAAUUCUCAACGUGAUGGACUGGGCUAGGAUGCAUCUCAAUCGCUUCCAUAGUUCCCCAACCCCUUCCACCCUCUCCUCUGCCUAUGACAAUGUCCACAACAUUCUCUGUCAGGCCAACAUCCUUGAGGAUUCUACGGGAGCCCUCACUCCGCUUGGCCAGAUCACCUCGUGGGUCUUCGGUCCAUCCAACCCCCAGCGUGAACAGCGCAUGGUUCAAUUUCUCUUCCGCGAAUUCCUCGCCGUCCUCGAGGACUCCAUCCAGUCGGAACUUCAACAUUCUGCCACCCUCUUCGCUCUCUUCGAGACCGUCGACCGCCACUUUCUGAACCUUGCCCGCACCGUUGUCCGCGAAUCCUCUGCUCAAGAAGAGCUCUACUCGGACCUCCUCUCAGGUCUCUGGGCCCGCAUGCUUGGCCCUCACGCCGCCCAGGUCCGCAAAUUCGAACAAAAUCGCCUCCUACUUCAAGACGUCCGCCGGAAGACAGUUCACAACAAGGGCAUCCUCGUCGAUCACAACGGGAAGCUCCUCACCCUCCAGGCGUCCCUCGAGUCCCUCCGCGGGAAGCUCUUCUCCCCCCUCGUCCGCGGCGUCAACUCGACCAUCCUCUCUCUCGAAGAUCAGAUCCACGGCAUUACGGAUGCAAGCGAAUACCUUUCUGGGGUACGAAGGCAGCAGAAGGGUAAAGUCAUGGAAACUCUAUACGGAACCAUGCCGGGCCGCAGACAUGCGAUUGGAUAUGAUGGUGUGCAGCCCAACGAGAGGAAGCUGGCGCCCAAUAGUGGCUGGGAGCGCUGA